GCCGCACCGCCCCGCACCGCCCGCUCCCGCUUCCGCCCCGCCUCGGGGCCCGCUCCCCUCCCGCUCGCCAGCGGGUUUCCCGUUCGAGCGAGCCCGUCGGUCCCUGGUGCCCCCAGAGAACGGCCGAGAAAUACGGAGCGCGACGAUCGCGGCAGGAAGCCUGCUGCGGCGCGGUGUGGGGGCCUGGGUGAAGACACGCCAGAUAGUGAAAAAUGCCUAAAAAGAAGACUGGUGCUCGUAAGAAAGCCGAGAACCGUCGUGAACGUGAAAAGCAGAUACGGGCUUCAAGGGCCAACAUAGAUUUGGCCAAACAUCCUUGUAAUGCUUCAAUGGAAUGCGAUAAGUGCCAAAGACGACAGAAGAAUAGAGCUUUUUGCUACUUCUGUAACUCUGUUCAAAAAUUACCCAUUUGUGCACAAUGUGGAAAAACCAAAUGCAUGAUGAAGUCUUCAGACUGUGUUAUAAAACAUGCUGGUGUGUACAGUACUGGACUAGCUAUGGUGGGUGCAAUCUGUGAUUUCUGUGAAGCUUGGGUGUGCCAUGGGAGGAAGUGUCUCAGCACACACGCGUGUAUCUGCCCUCUCGCAGAUGCGGAAUGCACUGAGUGCGAAAGAAGCGUCUGGGACCACGGAGGCAGAAUAUUUGCCUGCUCAUUUUGCCACAAUUUCCUCUGUGAAGAUGAUCAAUUUGAACAUCAAGCCAGCUGCCAAGUUUUGGAAGCAGAGACAUUUAAAUGUGUUUCCUGUAACAGGCUUGGGCAGCACUCAUGCCUGCGUUGUAAGGCUUGUUUUUGUGACGAUCAUGUGCGAAGUAAGGUUUUCAAGCAGGAAAAAGGAAAAGAGCCUCCCUGCCCUAAAUGUGGCCAUGAAACUCAGCAGACAAAGGAUCUGAGCAUGUCAACACGCUCUUUGAAGUUUGGCCGACAGGCUGGAGGUGAAGAAGCAGAUGGAGCUUCUGGUUAUGAUGCCUACUGGAAGAGCCUCUCCUCCAGCAAGGCUGGAGAUGCAGGUGAUCAUGAGGAUGAAUAUGAUGAAUAUGAAGCAGAAGACGACGAUGAAGAUGACAACGAUGAGGGCGGGAAGGACUCUGAUACCGAGACCAUGGAUGUAUUCAGCAACUUGAAUUUAGGAAGGACCUAUGCUAGUGGAUAUGCACAUUAUGAGGAAGCAGAAAAUUAAGUUUAGUAUGCUGGCAAGCUAGAAACACUUGGAAGUAGCUUCACUUGAGUUGUGUACAUGCCAGUAGGAUAGCUCAGUCAAGUACUUAUAUAUCAAAGUUGGAGAGUAAAGAGUGGAAGUCCUGCAGUAAGUCCAAGCGAAGGUGUGGGUUGUUCUUUUUAUAUAAACCAAUACUGGGUUUGGGACUGGGGGAGAAAAAGGGAAUCUUUUUAUUCCCCUCAGGAACAGAACCGGUUUGUCCUUGAGUUACUGAAUAUAAUGGUUCCAUGCCAUUUUCUUGUAUCAAUACAGGAACAUGGGGAAACAGUGCAAUUUGUUUCAAUUUGCUCAUUGGAAGUUAUUUUUUACAAUAAAUUUGGUAACCGAUUUCAUAAAGUUAUUGUAGUGGUGGGUGGGUGACUUUUUUUCAUCUGCACAAUAAAAGUCAACUGCAUUGUCUAA